AAGUACCUCGCAAUGUUUAUGUACAUAGAUCAUAAGACUAGUGGAGCGACGAAAGGCCACACGAGGGCAGGCCUAAAGAACAAACUGUGAAAGACAACUUGCUUACUUGCAAAUCAAGCAUAAAUUUGACUCAAGUCUUUGCGACUUUCAUUUUAAAUGAUGUAUUGGCAAUUCAACGACAACAGGCAGAGAUUCUCGCCUGGCAUUUUACCACAGCAACAAGCUUAUUACGACAUGCCGAUGGUACACGGACGACAAGAAAUGACCAAUUUCGCACUGACAGAUGAGGACACUGGUGAGGUGAAGCGGCCCAUGAAUUCGUUUCUGCUCUGGGCCAAAGUGAUGAGGAAGAAGUACGCAAAAGAAAACCCGACGAUGCAUAAUGCUGAAAUUAGUAAAUUGUUAGGAAAAGUCUGGAAUGGCAUGACUACUAACGAGAAACGACCAUAUGUUGAGAGGGCGGAGAAGCUUAGGGUGAUUCACAUGAGAGAUCACCCAAACUACCGUUACGCGCCAAGGAAGAAGAAGGAUAGGAAACAAGCGCAGCGAAUGAUUUCACCAGAAAUCGCCGCAGCUUUCCACAACGCGAUUUUUGACCUGAAAAAUGUCGCCGCGCCAGAUAGACACGAGAAAGACGAGGGGGCCAAUAAUCAAUCAUGCGAUUAUAUUAUGCUGACUGGGCGUAGGGAUGAGCUGCAGAAUGCACUGUAUGAAAACUCAAAAGGGAGGACUCACUAUGGAAAUAUGGAUAAGUUUAUGAUGAACAGUUCACCAAAUUCUGGGUCAACCUUCCAUUAUUACGCGCCUGAAGACAAGCUGGGAUUCAAAGUCGAACCUGUUGCUGAAAUUGGAGACGAACGAUUGAGACAGCAAGAACUGGAGAGAAAAACGAGACGCGACUCUCAAAUUACAGCCAUGUCGUACGACAGACAAAUGUCUGCGUGUUCAGGACAAAGUCUUCCAAGCUCAGACACCCCGAGAAGCUGGUGUGAUGCGUCGAGUAUUGCAGACAGCGACGGCUCGACUAUACUACCAAGUAGCCCUGAAAGCGUGAGCGAAAGCCUUGACCAGGAAGUUCCACCGUUCCUUCGUGCUCUUCUCGAUUUCCCACUGCAUGUUGACAGUCGAAGAAUAACCAGUAUGGAUCAAGGUGUACCUGAUGAUCGUAGCUAUAUUUUGAACGAUUUUGGAGACAUUGUUGGCAAGGAAGGUGACGGUACGAACCAUAGAAAACCUUGUAUGUUUUUGUAAAUUAAACACUGAACACGCAAGUUAAAGAUAAAUUUUAAAUAACGAAGGAACAACUAUUGUUGAUUGCUUGUAAAUAUUGCGAUUAAAAACCCUCUAAGGUGUCACAGAUUUUACGUACAACUAACUUUAAAUGACGCCCGGCCCCCUAACCCAUAUUAUAAAUCCAUGUAUAUUACUUCAAACAGCUUUUAUUUUGACAUUUGAUACAUAAUUAUGUUCUAUCUAAUAAGAGGAAGGAUACUUUGGAAAGAUAACAAAACCACAGGAAAAACCUCCUGUUCACAAUGAGUUGUUUGCUACAAAUUCAAGGUCGAGUUGUCAUUUCCGGGGGCUUGGUAGUUUGACGUCAGAAGCCUGGCACUGAUUUCCAAAAACACUAUCAGUAGCAUUAGAUUUGUAAAUAUUUUUAUUUUAUUAUUUGACGAUUUUCAACUGGAUUGAAAAGAAGAAGAAAUAGAUGUAAGUUUUUGUUCGUAGAUUGUGACGCUCAUUUUGACUUGGCAGUCUAGAUAUUUCAGAUAAUAUUAUAUCACGUGCGAAUAUGUUUACUAAUUCGAGCUUUGGUAAACGUCACUAUUGAUGACACACCACCUUAAAAGAAUUGAUCUCCCAAAAGCAGGCAAAAUUAGGGCUGGAAAACACAAUUAAGCAAAUGUGUGCGCGCUCAUCAGGAGAGAUUCCAUGUUAAUUAAGAACCAAAAUACUAAUAACUAGGUUCAAAAUGGUCAAUUAUUUAGCAACGUCCUCAUAAUUAUGGUUAUGGUGAUCUUACCAAGACUGUUAAUUCCAUUUUACUUUUGAAAGGACAAUUUUGGAAUAUUCUCACUUGUAGCAGUAACUAUAUGGCAUUAAACUCACCGCCGCAUUAAUCAUUUUUUGUCUAAUCCUUCAUGAUCAAUCACUUUUCUCAUAUUCGUAGAGAAAGAGUCGUUAAGUCUUAUUAUAGAGUAUAUAUGCCCGCUAUAUAGUCUAAUUAUAGCUCCUAAACUGCUAAGAUGUCAUGCACGAAACAGGAAGAGCUUACAAGCGCAUGUAUAGCUUUUUGAGACCACACCCCACUCGUAAGCAUAACCGAUUUCGUUGAUUGGUAAAGGUAAUUAUUGAGUAGAAUCAGCCAGCUUGCCAGGUCAUUUUGAAAGAUUUUUUUACUAAAUAAACUGAAGAACGCAUUCAUUUAAAACGCCAUUUUCUGCAAUACAUAUACAGAGAUGUGUUUUUA